AUGGGGCCCCGGCUCAAUGGCAAGAGCCAGCAGGGCCACAAGAUGGUGAUCUUUGCUGCCAUCUUCGUCCUGAUGACACUCCUCAUCCUCUACGGCUCCAACAAUGUCAACGAGAGCAUCCACACUCCCUUCCACGUGGCAGCGCAUAACAUCAUGAAGCCUACCGACCUCAAGAGGUGGGCCGGGAGAGACGGAUACGUUCCCUUCCACGGCAACAAAAGCAUGACUCUGCACUGUCGCGACUGCGCCUUGGUGACCAGCUCCAGCCACGUCCUGAGUAGCCAAGCGGGGAGCGAGAUCGACCAGACCGAGUGCGUGAUCCGCAUGAACGACGCGCCCACUUUGGGGUACGAAUCCGACAUCGGGAACCGGACCACCGUGAGGGUGGUGGCCCACGCCAGCGUGUUCAGGGUGGUGCGGAGGCCCAACGAGUUUCUGCACCAGACAGACGGCAACUCCACCAUCAUAUUCUGGGGGCCCCCGAACAAGCUCGGGAAGGAGGCCAAAGGAACUUUGUACAGAUUCAUCCAGAGAGUCAGCAUGACCUACAGCAACCUAUCCUUUUUCAGCAUCGCGGCAAACAAGAUGCGCAAAUUUGAUAACCUGUUUUAUAGAGAGACCGGACGAGACAGACAAAAGUCCCACUCAUGGUUGAGCACGGGCUGGUUCACCAUGGUCAUAGCCAUCGAGAUGUGUGAUAACAUUAAAGUGUAUGGGAUGGUUCCACCAAGCUACUGUGGUCGUUUAUUGCCCAGAAAAAAACCCGGACCCAAGAAGAUGCCGUACCACUACUACAAACCCAGGGGGCCGGACGAGUGUCAGAUGUACAUCCAGAAUGAGAGCGGACGAAGGGGAAACCACCACCGCUUCAUCACCGAGAAGCAGGUGUUCGCACGCUGGGCAAAGCUCUACAACAUCACAUUCACUCACCCCAAAUGGUGA